AUGUUCAUCGUGUCUACCAACAGUUUCUGGUCAGUAGUUAUUCCCAAAGCAAGCAAGUUGAAACUCUCAGGUCUUCAAAAUAGCUUAAAAAAACAUCUAAGAACUCCUCAAUCCUUAAUGUCCUCCACAUCAUACUUCAUCGCUGGCGGCAACAGAGGAAUUGGUCUCGCACUAGUCAAAGAAUUGAGUUCCGACACUAAGAACACCGUUAUUGCCACUGCUAGACAGCCAAACUCUGCUAAGGACUUAAAAGACUGGGCUGUUAACCACGCUAAUGUGCAUAUCGUGCAAUUGGACGUCACCUCCAGUGAAAGCGCCGAGGCUGCCGCCAAGGAGACUGCCAAACUAUUGCCCGACGGGUUAGACGUGUUGGUUUCGAACGCCGGGGUUCUUAAAGAUCUAGGCAAGUUUUUGGACCACCCGGAUGAGCUUUACAUUGAGCAGUUCGACGUCAAUGCUGUGGGUCCAGUCAGACUGGUGAAGGCGUUCAAAUCCUUGCUAGACAAGAAGGACACCAAAGAGGUUGCCGUGGUGUCUUCACUUGUCGGGUCUCUCAACGUCGAGCUACCAGUGGGAUUCUCUGGUUACGGGGUGUCCAAGGCCGCCACUAACUAUGUUGUGAAGGGAUUGAUAGGAGAGCUUGCUCCCGAGGGCUACAGUUUCGUGGCCAUCCAUCCGGGUCUUGUCGGUAGCGACAUGGGAGACGACACAUUUGCGCAGUUGGGCGAAGAAGUCGCUGGCCAGCUAAAGAGCGCGUUGCCAUUGCUGACGCCGGGAGAGUCUGCUAAGGCUAUCAAGGAGAACGUUUUGACAGGCUUGAAGGCGAAGAACGCAGGAAAGUUUUUGGGCUACGAUGGUUCCGAGCUGCCAUGGUAG